AUGCCAGGGGACAGAGACCAUGACACUUCAUCCUAUCCUUACUACACCAUGCCAGAGGACACUGGCCAUGACACUUCAUCCUAUCCUUACUACACCAUGCCAGGGGACAGAGACCAUGACACUUCAUCCUAUCCUUGUUACACCAUGCCAGGAGACAGCGGCCAUGGCACGCCAUCCUAUCCUUGUUACAGCAUGCCAGAGGACACUGGCCAUGACACUUCAUCCUAUCCUUGUUACACCAUGCCAGGGGACAGAGACCAUGACACUUCAGCCUAUCCUUGUUACACCAUGCCAGGGGACAGAGACCAUGACACUUCAUCCUAUCCUUGUUACACCAUGCCAGGGGACAGCGGCCAUGGCACGUCAUCCUAUCCUUGUUACACCAUGCCAGGGGACAGCGGCCAUGGCACGUCAUCCUAUCCUUGUUACAGCAUGCCAGAGGACAGUGGCCAUGACACUUCAUCCUAUCCUUGUUACACCAUGCCAGGGGACAGCGGCCAUGGCACUUCAUCCUAUCCUUGUUACAGCAUGCCAGAGGACAGUGGCCAUGACACUUCAUCCUAUCCUUGUUACAGCAUGCCAGAGGACAGAGGCCAUGGCACUUCAUCCUAUCCUUGUUACACCAUGCCAGGGGACAGCGGCCAUGGCACUUCAUCCUAUCCUUGUUACAGCAUGCCAGAGGACAGUGGCCAUGACACUUCAUCCUAUCCUUGUUACAGCAUGCCAGAGGACAGAGGCCAUGGCACUUCAUCCUAUCCUUGUUACACCAUGCCAGGGGACAGCGGCCAUGGCACUUCAUCCUAUCCUUGUUACAGCAUGCCAGAGGACAGUGGCCAUGACACUUCAUCCUAUCCUUGUUACAGCAUGCCAGAGGACAGCGGCCAUCUGUGA